AUGUCACUAUAUCCGUCUUUGGAGGACAUGAAGGUGGAUAAAUUCAUGCAGACGCACAGUUCUCUGUCUGCUAGUCCAUCAAAAGUGCCCGCACUGCCUGCGUCUGACUCCACCCUCAACGAGAAAGCGGACGAGGAGACAAGUGGCUCCUCCAGGUUGUACCCUGAGCUGAGUGAGUUUAUGGGUUUGAAUCUGAGUGCAGAUGCACUACAGACUCUCUCCACUUCAGCUCCUGACCAGGGCACUGGGGCUGUGAGCCUGUGGUCAUCCAGUUCAAACUGGGCAGCGGCUCCAUUAACUGGGGGCGAUGUGGGUGUGUGUCGGGCGGAGAUUCGGCAGGGAGUCAGGGAGGUGGUGCUCUGCAAGGACAUGGAUGGGAAGAUUGGGCUCCGCCUUAAAGCCAUAGACAAUGGUGUGUUUGUGCAGUUGGUUCAGGCUAACACAGCAGCAGCAUUGGGUGGUUUGCGGUUUGGCGAUCAGAUUCUACAGAUUAAUGGUGAGUCGUGCGCCGGCUGGACUAGUGAACGUGCACAUCGCGCUCUGAAGAAUGCCAGUCCCGAGAGGAUCACACUCGCCGUGCGAGACAGGCCAUUUGAGCGCACAGUCACUCUGCACAAGGACAUGAACGGCCAGCUGGGAUUCAUCUUUAAGAAAGGUCGCAUCACCUCCAUCGUGAAAGACAGCUCGGCCGCACGUAAUGGCCUCCUCACCGACCAACAAAUCUGUGAGAUUAAUGGUCAAAAUGUCAUCGGACUCAAGGACUCACAGAUCUCAGACAUCUUAAACACCAGUGGGGGUGUUGUCACGGUUACAGUCAUGCCGCUUGUCAUUUUUGAACACAUGAUGAAAAGGAUGUCAUCCAGUAUUGUGAAGAGCCUGAUGGAUCACUCCAUUCCAGAAGUGUAA